ACUCCAUAUCUCACCACCCCGAGGCCAUUCAGACCCAGUCGCCACCUAUACUAGCAUGUCUCUUUCUGCGGCCGCCCUCGUUGCUCGCUAUCUCCGAGCCAAUGACUACCGUGAUACACUGACGGCGUUCCUGAAUGAAGCAGGACUUCCACCAGAAACUGGCGCGAAUGCUACAGAUGGCCUGACGAUUGAGAAGAUCCUCGAGGAGAAGAAGACGUAUGACCUAAGCGUCAACUUCGAGAAGCUAGGCGUCGGAGACGAGGAGACGGGAUGGCGACAACCUUCUCCAUCCACACCCACCGUAGUCACAACCCUCCCGUCUAAUUCGAACAUCCUACACGCGACCGUGCACCAACUCGCUCUUCCCGAAACCUCUUCUCCUACCUCUGUCCUCCUGUCCAGCACUGCAGAUCGACGAUUGAACGUGAUAAGGCCAGACUCUGAGACAUUUGACGUGCUUCGAUCCUACACACACUUGCAAGACGCCCCCAUUCUAGAUUGCGUUGUUCUAGACGCCCAUCAUAUCCUAAUUUCAAGCAUGUCUGGACGAAUCAAACUAUUCAACCUUAAGUCCGAGGCUGUGCUGGAUGAACGGCGAGACCAUACCAAAUAUGUCGUUCGACUGACCAGCUGGCAACGUGCUGGCGAGGCCUAUGUAGCCAGUGCUGGUUGGGACACAAAGGUCUUCGUGUACCACAUAGAGGUUGCAGAAGAUCAAGAUCUUAAAAUCGGAAAGCCCAUUGCGACUCUAGACCUACCCAGCAACCCAGAAGCACUUCUGUUUGUUGAGCAUCCAGAGUCAUCUAGGCCUCUGCUGCUUCUCUCGAGACGAGAUUCAACGUUUAUCUACUACUAUUCUGUACCUAGACCCGAGGACGAUUCCCGUAAGCUAGUUCUAAUCGGCAAGCAAAACCUCGCACCGCAUUCAAAUGCUUGGGUGGCAUUCACUCCUGCAGCACUUGCCAUCUGCCCUACGGACCCUUCCAUUCUGGCUGUUGCUACCUCGGCUGUCCCUCACAUGAAGCUCAUUAUCGUCAGGCUUCUUCUGCCUCCUUUCACUGACUCGUCUACUGUGGCUGGAGAGCGUUCCCCAGAGUCUCGCCUGGGCCUGCAGGAAGCGCAUACGACGCAAGCUUCUCAAGCCCGAGCUGCUCUGGUUGUACAAGACCGUGAAGAAGCUGCAAUUCUUGUGCAGUGUACCACCUUAUCACCCCAGACUCAGUACUCAACGCCAGCACUCGUGUGGCGACCCGAUGGAAGUGGCGUGUGGGUAAAUAGCGAUGACGGUGUCAUCCGCGGCAUUGAGGCUUCAACAGGAAAGGUCAUUGUCACCCUAGAAGGCCACGAAGCCGGCUCAAAGAUCCGUUGUCUCUGGGCGGGAAAACUUCGUCGACCAGGCGCUGACGGCCAGGAGAAAGAGGAGGAAUGGGUUGUCAGUGGCGGAUUUGACCGGAAGCUCAUAGUUUGGAAAACGUAGACCAUGUCAAA